CGCAGCGUCCAAUCGGAGACGAGGACUGAGUUGAGAGGGCGGGGCGAAAAAGGAAAAGCCUUCACAACGAAGCCGGCUUUGGGAGAAGCAGCUGUUUGUAAUGGCAGCGGCCUGAAUUGGUUUAGGCGUGUCAAGCUGAGGGAAAAGGAGUGAUACAUUCGCUCCUAUUUCGCUAUGAAGCCUUGAGCAGUUGCGGUUUCUAUGACAGGAGCGUUUUUUCCCUCGUUUCUGUGGUAACCGACGGUCGAGAGUUGCGCAUGCGUAGAGGCGCGUCUUCGGCAAGAAUGUGUCAUCCAGUGUGCGCAUGCGCCGGGAUUGAAUGGAGAGAGGGCGGGGCUAGUGACGUCAGCGGAAGAGAGAAAUCCCUUUCUCAUUGUAAAGCUGGAAGAAGGACGAAGAAGGCAAAAUUAUCCAAGAUUUGGUACCAAUCAGUUCUAGCACCAUGCAGGGUUUGGCUUCGCUUGGCUCUCGCUUUCUCAAGAUGAGCCAGACACGAAGCUGAAGAAGGAUCUGAAGGCACUUUCCUUGGGACACACCAUGCUGAGGAACGUCUACCAACUGCGGAAAGCACUUCUCCGAUGGACGAUCCCCAGAUACGAUCUGCAUCCAUCACCUGCUGAUGGGUUCUUGCAAAGCAUCUCCAUCCCACCUGUGCAAAAGACUCUGGCCUUGUCCCCCUGCCCCUCGCAGGUCUGUCUCUGUCAUUCUGAAAAGCAGAAGGACUAUUCCCUCCCGAACUCAAGCUGGAGCCAAGAAAUGAUGGAUCAGUACAAUAAGCUCACAGAGAUGACGAAAGACGGGACGUGGCAACAGCUGACGUCUUACCGAAAUACUUUGGAACACGCUCCAGAGGAGCUGCUACAGAAAUAUAACUUGAAGAAGGACAAAAGCACCCGCCUGUUCCUCAGGAACCUCGACGAAGAAGGCAAGGGCUUCGAAUACGCCAUGUUCCUGAACAAGCAGGAGAAACAACUGGCCGGGAUCUUCCAGUUUGGUCCUUAUCUCGAGGGACCCCCAGGUUGCGCGCACGGCGGUUCCAUCGCCACGGUUCUGGACACUAUCCUCGGGGUUUUGGCGAUGUCUGUCGCUUGCCGGGUGAUGACUGCUAACCUCAGCAUUAACUACAAAAGUCCCGUCCCUCUGGGUUCGGUGGUAAUGGCAACCAGCAAAUUGGACCGAAUGGAAGGCAGGAAGGUGUUUGUGAGCGGAGCUUUGCAAAGCACAAACAGGAAGACGCUCCACGCAGAGGCCACAGGUCUGCUUAUCCAACUGCAGAAGGCUCCUGGGGAUGAUGGGCCUUCUUUUCUUUGAGUGGAUUCCCCUUCCCGAAUCUCUCCUGCGUCCUCAUUCUUGGUCCAGCAAGAAGUGAUGCCUUUCACAUAGACACACAGCACUUGACUCCCUGCCCUCUUCCAUUCAGUCUUAGUCUGGUGCUGUUUUGAUAUAUAGAGUAUCAGUUCACCCUGCGUGCCUUCAUAUUGUAUUUCCAGGCCUUUUCCAAACAAAGAUAACCUUUUCGGGUCCGAAAACGGGUACCGGUGCUUCCUUUUCCCUCUUAAGAUUUCUUGGGAUCGUCUCAGAAAUACAGGCCGCUAAUGCAUAUCUGUUUCAAUGUGUUGUCGAAGGCUUUCGUGGCCUGAAUCACUGGGUUGCUGUAAGUUUUUUGGGCUGUGUGGCCAUGUUCAAGAAGCAUUCUCUCCUGACGUUUCUCCCCCAUCUAUGGAAGGCAUCCCCAGAGGUUGUGAGGUCUGUUGGGAACUAGGCAAGUGGGGUUUAUUAUAUAUCUUUUGGAGCUAGGUGUGAAUGUUUCAAUUGGCUACCUUGAUUAGCAUUGAAUGGCAUUUAAUAAUUUACA